AUGUCUUCAAGUGUGGCAUCUCAAAUAUCAGGAGGGCCCGGGUGGCAGCUGGGCCCCAGCAAGGCAGACCUGGCGUCCCCAGGGCAUCGCUGGCAGGUGCUGGAAUACUCAACAGCCUGGCCUGAUGUCACCACCCCCAUCUUCUUCUUGAAGGCAGAGCGUAGCGUCGACGUGAAGCUGCUCACCCACAACUUGCUGAGCUCGCAUGUGCGGGGGGUGGGGCCUCGUGGCUUCCCCCUGUGCCUCCAGGCCACCGAGGUUCGCAUCAACCCUGUGGAGUUCAACCCCAACUUCGUGGCGCAUAUGAUACCCAAGGUGGAGUGGGCGGUGCUUCUGGAGGCUGCAGACAUUUUGCAUCUUGUCGAGGUGCCCAAAGAGCCAAUUCAGGGAUAUGAACAUGAUGAGAAGUUUCUGAGAAAGAUGCACCACAUUCUGCUGGAGGUGGAUGUGUUGGAGGGCACCCUGCAAUGCCCAGAGUCGGGACGUCUAUUUCUCAUCAGCCAUGGGAUCCCCAACAUGCUGCUGAACGAUGAGGAAACUGAGACUUAA